AUGUCGUUCGUCACUGAUACCAUGGCAGCUCGUCUGAAGAGCACCAUCUGGCCCCAAGCCGGCGCCACAUCCAUUGAUGUGUCGCUCUCCACACCCGCUGUAGCUAUGUCUUUGGCUUCUGAUGGAAGGACUAUUCAAGUCACUACAGGCGGUGAGAAGUCCUCAACAAAUUCCUACGACAUGGUCUUCAACACCACAGCUCUAGGGCCUCUCCAGCAGAUGGAUCUCUCAGGUCUCAAUCUCGACCGUGACAUUCUCGACGGCAUUCGUGCCCUCAGCUACGACCGGGCUACCAAAGUGGCCAUCAACUUCAACAAGCGCUGGUGGACGGGUUUCUACCCCAAUGCCGACGCCAUGCACCGCGGUGGCGGUGUAUCUAGCAGCGACUUUCCCCUCGGCUUCACUGUCUAUCCCUCGUGGGACAACGGCGACGGCACCAACGUUCUCAUCGCCUCAUGCGCCUGGGCCCAAGAUGCGUCCCGCAUGGCAGCCCUUGUCCCGGACUACACUGAUCCCUCAACACCAACACCAAGCUACGCCGGCCCCAUCGCCGCAGUCUGCCUCGAGGGCCUGGUCAAACUCUGGGCAGGCCGACAGGAGGCUCCGACUUUGAAAGAUCUCCACGAUUACUACAUCACCCAUUACGCCUGGGCCUGGUCCCAUGACCUGUGCACCUGUGGUACCUUUGCUCUCUUUGGACCGGGACGGUUCCAAAACAUAUACCCAAACGCGCACUACGCGUGGAUCUCCGGUGCGUUGGACAGUGUUCUCUUCUCUGUGAUCAAGUUUCUUGCGGCAAGGUCGACAGAAUCGCCGGAUGUGGCAACCAAGGCGCUCAAGUUGCUUGCUUCGGACUCUAACCCAGAUAAAAAGCAUUUUGAGAAGAACGAACGUGGUGAGCACCCGGAGGGAGAUGAGAGGUUGGCGUACUGGUGUGCCGAGGCUAGCGCGAUGAAAUGA